ACCCAAGUCCAGCAAUGUUUCAUUGCCUUGUAGAGUGUCCAAUAGCCUGCUAAACCUUCGAGGCACAUACUCUGAAUACCGAUUCAAUCUUUCGCUGACUGCACGCUUAGGCGAUGGACUGACGCACAUCAAUCGAGGGAUGCGGCUCAGGUCGUAUUAUUGCUUGUAGGAUGCGCCCCAGCCCAUCCUCACACAGAUGGUUACGAGGUAGGAUCGACAUGCAACACGAGAGAAUUAUAUAUAUCUGCCUGUGCCCUGCGGCUUGGUACUGCUGAUCAUCAACAUAGACAGACCUCAUCGAACACUCGCAUCUCCAUUCAACAAACUACCACCGAUAUAAUCCUCACCAACUGUCGCGACACAACACCAAAAAGUCCAUCACAAUGCAGUCCCUCACCGCAAUCCUCUCCCUCCUCUCCCUCACCGCCGCCGCCUCUCUUCCCAAACGCGCCGGCGGCCCAGCCAUAAUUCCCCUUCCUGCAGACUGCCCCGUCACUUCGCCCACCUCCGAACUCUCCGAGUCCUCUACCGGCGGCUACAAACCGUCCGACGCCGCAAUGGGCGCCAACGUCUACUACUACUACAACCCAAACGUCAACUUCACACAGUGCCAGGAGCAAUGCUAUGGGCUGAGCGGCUGCACAUCCGUGUUCAAGGCGGCGAAUGCCCCAACGCCGGCUGGAGGUUACUAUGGUGCUGGCGGAGUUCUAGAGGAGGCUUGCCUUAUGUUCUCGCGGUACCUGACAACGGAUGAUUUUGUUGAGGCACAGCAGGGGCAGUAUACGAAUGUCCAGAGUGCGAAUAUUGGGUGUGCGAAGCCCCAGUGAAUGCUGCGCAUGCAACGCCGAGUCAAGCAGUUGGAGAGCUUGUAACAACACUCAUUCGAACAGACGAAUCUCCCGACACUAAGACUAAAAUGGUGCAUAUUCUUUUAUAACAGGCGAUUUUACCAAUAGCAUAGCAUAGCGUAGCCCAUCAUAGUAACACUAAUACCCAUUCUAUACCUGCCACUGACCUUUA